GAUCCAUCAGCUUUCGUAAAAGGUCUCUAAAAGGAGAAGAGAGCCAUAGCGUCAUACCACCAAAAGAAGAGCGUUCUGCGGCGGCGAUUGCGUCGCGAACCGAGCCAAAGGUCGGGCGCUACUGUGAUUUAGAUCUCAAGAUCUCUGCGACAUGGAUGAUCCGGAGCUGGAAGAAAUUAGGCAAAGAAGAAUGCAAGAGUUGAUGGCAAAACAUGGUGUAGGUAAUCAGCACAAUGGUGAGCAGAAAAAUGGACAAGAAGAGGCCAAAAGGGAAGCUGAAGAACGUAGGCAACUAAUGCUUAGUCAGAUACUAUCAACUCAAGCAAGAGAAAGGCUUGCUCGUAUUGCUUUGGUGAAACCUGAGAAAGCGAGGGGGGUGGAGGAUGUUCUCCUUAGAGCUGCUCAAAUGGGACAGCUAUCUGAAAAGGUAUCUGAAGAGAGGCUUAUCUCACUUCUGGAGCAGAUCAACAAUCAAACCAGUAAACAGACGAAAGUCACUAUUCAGAGGCGUCGAAGUGUUCUUGAAGAUGAUGAUUAGCCAGCAGUCUAUUCAGGGAGACGUGUGUAUUAUUGGAGUUGCAAUUCAUCGCAUGCUUGAUGAUAUGUGAACCGUUUGAAAACGAUCUGCAGAGGUUUCUUCCGUUCAUGUGUGCUAUUACAAUUAGUGAACGAACCCUGAUUAACAAUAUAUGUCUCGUGUAAAUGUUAGAAAUUUAUUGCUUGUAUGGAAGUUGUAUGCUUUGAUUUCA